AGUUUUCUAUGCGUCUUCGAAUGGAUCCUACCAGCCGGCCAGAAAUAACGCUAAUUAGCGGCUAAUAUUGUGUUUUCCAGUUCCCCUCCUUUUCCCACAAUGUCCACAAUAUUAAAAUAUCCUAAAAUGAGGAAAUUCGUCGCAGUUUUAUUGUUCUUCUGUUGCGCAUCACAGGAGCACACGUUAGAAAACCCGGAGAACGAGGAGCUUAAAAUACAAUGUGAAGAAAACAAGAUGAGAAUAACCGUUCAGAGGGAGUUCUUCCGGAAAACAAACACCCCGUUCAGUCCGGAGCUCAUUCGGCUCGGAUGGAACUCGACCUGUGGACCCGAGAGGCCCGGAACCGACACCGAGGUGAUGGUUCUGUCUGCGGGGCUGCAGGAUUGCGGAACCGAGUCCAGGGUUGACGGGGAUUGGCUCUUGUACUCCAAUCAGCUGCUGCUCUUCCCGGCUAUCCUUCCCACCGCCACCGGCAGCGUGAUCGUCCGCGGCGUGACCACAGUCAUACCUGUUGAGUGCUACUAUGAAAGGAAGCAGAAAGUUAUAGGAGAGCCACUGAUGCCGACCUGGAUACCGAUGACGUCCAGCAUCCGCGGCUUCGGCCUCCUGCGCUUCUCCCUUCGUAUCAUGGCGGGUGAAUUCAUCCUGUUCAGCCCCGACUUUAAAACAACAACAACAACAACAAUGUCUCACCUGUCUGUUUUUCUGUGCUCCUCCUGCACAGAUGAAUGCGCCUCCGCGCGCAGCUCCUCUGUGUUCCAGCAGGGGGAAGCAGUGUUUUUGGAGGCCGCUGUGGAUUCGGCGCUGCACCCCCCCCUCACUCUGUAUGUGGACCACUGCGCCGCCACCGUGCAGCCUGACCCCCUCUCCGAGCUCAGAUACAGCUUCAUAACCAAACACGGAUGUCUAAUGGACAGUGUCCUGCCAGGAUCUUCAUCCAGAUUCCUGCCCAGGCAGCGGGAUGACCGGCUGUGCUUCAGCGUCCAGGCUUUCCGCUUCAGAAAGACACCUGUGGACCAGAUGUUCAUCAGCUGCCACCUCAAAGCCGCCCCCAAGCGGAGCCACCACAGCCACCUGGACAAAGCCUGUUUCUUCCACAGAGCCACCUUCAGCUGGCGAGCCACCGACGGGAACGGCGCCGUGUGCGAAUGCUGCGACUCGGACUGCCUGAGUCUGGAGGGAGAGGAGAACCGCGGAGACUCCACGUCGUUGCAGAUAGGUGUUCUGCCGACAGUAAGCUGGCUCGUGAUCUGGUUAACAGGUGGGAGGUUUGAGGCCGACAGGACCGUUGGACCACUGCACACUUUGGAGCGCUCUCAUUGGACGGGCCGGCUGUCAGUCAAUCAGUGAAGAGCUGCCCCCACAGUUUCAGACGGUUCCUCCAUCUGGACCGAGGAGGUCGUUGGUCAGAGAAGUGAGCAGACCAGGACUUUCCAGAGAGAAGAACCACAAUGGAUGAACAGAAAAGAAUGUGUGUGUGUGUGUGUGCUGCAGGAAGACCUGUGCGGUCCUGGGACAGCAAAUGUGACGGAGCAGAGGGGAAUCCUGCUUUCGGUUUUGUUUUUGCACACAAAUAAAUUCAGGGAUUGAUUUAAUUAGAAAUAAAUAAAAGGAUUCUUUUUUUUUCUCAA